AUGGAUGUUGCAGUGUUCAGAAGCCUCAAAGAAGCAUGGAGGAAAAAAACCCAUCAAUGGAGGAUGGACAAUGUUGUUCAAGGAGGUUCUCAUAUCCUAAAAAAGAAAGAUUUCGCAAAGUUACUGCAAGAAGUGAUACUUCAAAAUAUUACAAAAUCUAUGUUGUCCAAUGGAUUCAAAAAACGUGGAUUGUUCCCGUGGAAUCCGCAAGCUGUUGUGAUACCAGACCAAGGAUUAUCCCAAGAACAAGAACGUAAUUCAACCGUGAUGAAAACGCAAUACCUAAAGCGGGGUUUGGAUUUUCUUAACGACAUGAUGGGAGCAGAAAAAGUAGCUAUUUUUGAGGCAUCUGAAGGUACUUGGAAUGGAGAUCCACUGGAGACUUCUUUAUUUAAAUUGUGGAAGAAAAUAAAAAUAGAGAAACUUUCUUCAGAGGCUGAAGAAAGUUUAAACUGUGUUGAUGGGGAAAAUAUUUCUGACGGGCCGGUCAGAAAUGAUGAUUUCCCACAAGCAACCGAGGCCUCUACUAGGAUUGCUGAUAAUUUAUUAGCACACCUCGAUUCUUCAGAGAUUCUUUCUGAUGGAAGAAAUAUAGAAGAAGCUUCUGUAAUGGAAUUAGAUGUCAUUACUGCCUUGGAUCCAAAUGCUUCGGAUUCAGUUUCAGUAAUAGAGGCAUCUAGCAGUCUAAAUAAAGAGAACGUGGCAGGUCCGUCACACAAGGAAAUACCAAGUCCAUUUAAGAGGCACUUCUUUUAUCCUGCGUUUGAAGAAAACAAGAAAAAAAGGAUAAUGAGAGAAAGAAUGCCAACGAUUGCGUCCGGAGAAUUGUGCCAAAAAUAUUUCGAAACCAAAAAGAAGAAGAAAGUGGAUCUUGAGCAAUUGAAGAUAGAACGAGCCACUGAAAGGCAACGAAAGAAGGAAGAGAAUGAAAGACUAAAGAAAAAUAGGGUUAAAGUGGUGAAAAAUAAACACAUUAAAAGUGUAUCAAAGAUUCUUUCAGAUAGCUCUGACUCGAGUGUCGAUGUUUCUUCUGGAGAUAGUGUGGUUUCAGAAUCCUCGGGAGAUGAAAACUUAAGCAACCUAAACCCUUCUAGAAAACCGUUAUUAAAACAAAUUAAUGAAUAUGUUAUUUUCACAUACAAUAAUAAGUAUUAUCCUGGCAAAAUAAUUAAUGUUACUGAAUAUACUGCAACAAUUUCAUCCAUGAUACAGUGUGGUCGCUUAUGGAAAUGGCCCGAGAGACCUGAUGUUCUUGAAUAUCAAUGGAAAAAUGUGACAUCCCAUAUAAAUGAACCCAAAAAGACCAGUAAAACGCGUAAUGUUUACUCUGUUCCUGAGCUAGAUUUCAUGUGGGAUUAA